GCUCCUCUCCCCGAGCCCGCCGCGAUGGGAGCUGCGCGGGGUUCCGCGGCCAGCCCCCCUUGGCUGGCUCUGCUCAGCGUCCUGCUGCUGCCGCUGCUGGGCGGUGCCCAGGCAGCCAUCGUCUUCAUCAAGGAGCCAUCCUCUCAAGAUGCACUGCAGGGACGCCGGGCACUGCUGCGCUGUGAGGUCGAGGCUCCGGCCCCAGUGCACGUGUACUGGCUGCUCAACGGGGCGCCCGUCCAGGACACCGAGCGGCGUUUUGUCCAGGACACCGAGCGGCGCUUUCCCCAGGUCAGCAGCCUGAGUUUCACUGCUGUGGACCGGCUGCAGGACUCCGGCGCCUUCCAGUGCGUGGCUCGCGAUAAUGUCACCGGCGAGGAAGCCCGCAGCGCCAACGCCUCCUUCAACAUCAAAUGGAUCGAGGGGGGCCCUGUGGCCCUGAAGCAGCCGGCCUCUGAGGCAGAGAUCCAGCCACAGACCCAGGUCACGCUCCGCUGUCACAUCGACGGGCACCCUCGGCCCACCUACCAGUGGUUCCGAGAUGGGACGCCUCUCUCUGACGGUCAGAGCAACCACACGGUCAGCAGCAAGGAGCGGAACCUGACCCUCCGGCCGGCCACUCCUGAGCACAGUGGCGUCUACUCCUGCUGUGCCCACAAUGCCUUUGGCCAGGCCUGCAGCAGCCAGAACUUCACCUUGAAUAUUGCAGAUGAGAGCUUUGCCAGGGUGGUGCUGGCACCCCAGGACCUGGUAGUGGCGAGGAACGAGGAGGCCAUGUUCCAUUGCCAGUUCUCAGCCCAGCCGGCCCCAAGCCUGCAGUGGGUCUUUGAGGAUGACACUCCCAUCUCUAACCGCAGUCGCCCCCAGCACCUCCGCAGAGCCACGGUGUUUGCCAACGGGUCCCUGCUGCUGACCCAGGUCCGGCCUCGCAAUGCAGGGGUCUACCGCUGUAUCGGCCAGGGCCAGAGGGGCCCACCUGUCGUCCUGAAGGCCACACUGCACCUGGCUGAGAUUGAAGACAUGCCGCCCUUUGAGCCCCGGGUGUUCACAGCCGGCAGCGAGGAGCGUGUGGCCUGCCUGCCCCCCCAUGGUCUGCCGGAGCCCAGUGUGUGGUGGGAGCAGGCGGGGGUCCGGCUGCCCACCCAUGGCAGGGUCUACCAGAAGGGCCACGAGCUGGUGUUCGCGGAUACUGCCGAGAGCGACGCUGGUGUCUACACCUGCCAUGCAGCCAACCUGGCUGGUCAGCGGCGACAGGAUAUCAACAUCACCGUGGCAACGGUGCCCACAUGGCUGGAAAAGCCUCAGGACAGCCAGCUGGAGGAGGGCAGGCCGGGCUAUCUGCAUUGCCUGACCCAGGCCACACCCAAGCCCACAGUCGUCUGGUACCGGAACCAGAUGCUCAUCUCCGAGGACUCCCGGUUUGAGGUCUCCAAGAACGGGACCCUGCGCAUCAACAGCGUGGAGGUCUAUGACGGCACGUGGUACCGCUGUGUGAGCAGCACCCCAGCCGGCAGCAUCGAGGCCCAGGCCCGCGUGCAAGUGCUGGAGAAGCUCAAGUUCACACCACCACCACAGCCACAGCAGUGCAUGGAGUUUGACAAGGAAGCCACGGUGCCCUGCUCGGCCACUGGCCGGGAGAAACCUACUAUUAAGUGGAUACGGGCAGAUGGGAGCAGCCUCCCAGAGUGGGUGACAGACAACGCGGGGACCCUGCACUUCGCCCGCGUGACCCGCGAUGACGCCGGCAACUACACUUGCAUUGCCUCCAAUGGGCCGCAGGGCCAGAUCCGUGCGCACGUCCAGCUCACGGUGGCAGUCUUCAUCACCUUCAAGGUCGAGCCAGAACGGACGACUGUGUACCAAGGCCACACGGCCCUUCUGCGGUGCGAGGCCCAGGGAGACCCCAAACCACUCAUCCAGUGGAAAGGCAAAGACCGCAUCCUGGACCCCACCAAGCUGGGACCCAGGAUGCACAUCUUCCAGAACGGCUCCCUGGUGAUCCACGACGUGGCCCCGGAGGACUCGGGCCGCUACACCUGCAUCGCAGGCAACAGCUGCAACAUCAAGCACACGGAGGCCCCCCUCUACGUCGUGGACAAGCCCAUGCCAGAGGAGUCCGAGGGCCCCGGCAGUCCCCCGCCCUACAAGAUGAUCCAGACCAUCGGGCUGUCAGUGGGCGCAGCCGUGGCCUACAUCAUUGCCGUGCUGGGCCUCAUGUUUUACUGCAAGAAGCGCUGCAAAGCUAAGCGGCUGCAGAAGCAGCCCGAGGGCGAGGAGCCGGAGAUGGAGUGCCUCAACGGUGGGCCUUUGCAGAACGGGCAGCCCUCAGCAGAGAUCCAGGAGGAAGUAGCCCUGAGCAGCCUGGGCUCGGGCCCCGCGGCCACCAACAGGCACCACAGCAUGAGUGACAAGAUGCACUUCCCGAGGGCCAGCCUGCAGCCCAUCACCACACUGGGGAAGAGUGAGUUUGGGGAGGUGUUCCUGGCAAAGGCUCAGGGCCUCGAGGAGGGCGUGGCGGAGACCCUGGUGCUCGUGAAGAGCCUGCAGAGCAAGGACGAGCAGCAGCAGCUGGACUUCCGCCGCGAGUUCGAGAUGUUCGGGAAGCUGAACCACGCCAACGUGGUGCGGCUGCUGGGGCUGUGCCGGGAGGCCGAGCCCCACUACAUGGUGCUGGAGUACGUGGACCUGGGAGACCUCAAACAGUUUCUGAGGAUUUCCAAGAGCAAGGAUGAGAAAUUGAAGUCCCAGCCCCUGAGCACCAAGCAGAAGGUGGCGUUGUGCACCCAGGUGGCCCUGGGCAUGGAGCACUUGUCCAACAACCGCUUUGUACACAAGGACUUGGCCGCUCGCAACUGCCUGGUCAGCGUCCAAAGACAGGUGAAGGUGUCGGCCCUGGGCCUCAGCAAGGAUGUGUACAACAGUGAGUACUGCCACUUCCGCCAGGCCUGGGUGCCACUGCGCUGGAUGUCCCCCGAGGCCAUCCUGGAGGGCGACUUCUCCACCAAGUCUGACGUCUGGGCCUUCGGCGUGCUUAUGUGGGAGGUCUUCACCCAUGGAGAAAUGCCCCAUGGUGGGCAGGCAGAUGAUGAAGUGCUGGCAGACUUGCAGGCCGGGAAGGCUCGGCUCCCGCAGCCAGAAGGCUGCCCAACCAAGCUCUACCGGCUGAUGCAGCGCUGCUGGGCGCCCAGUCCCAAGGACCGGCCCUCUUUCAGCGAGAUUGCCAAUGCCCUGGGAGACAGCUCCGCUGAUAGCAAGCCGUGAGCAGGGAGCCCGGCAGGCUGUGUCUUGGCACGGCCUGGGCAGGGGGGUCACUUCUGGAGGGGAGCCUUCAACAUGGUGGGCCUGGCCCUGUCCUCUUCGCUGGGGCACCCACCCUGGCGCUACAGGCAUUGCGGCAUCGGGGCUGGGCCUUGGGCUUUCCUCUUCCUCCCCUCCAGCCCCCUGUGGAGGUAGAUUUAACCCCAGACUGGGUGACCAGGGCCUUGGGCCGGGCAGCCUUCUCUGCUGCCCUUCCCCCCACUGGGGACAGUGUGGGUGCCUCAGGUAACCCUGGUUUCUGGCCUGCAGGCUUCUCCCCUUGACCAGGUCCAGCUCUGCCACUCACCUGCCAACUUUGUCUGGGGGUCCGGGGACGGGGGGCAGCGGGGUGGCUGGGGACGAGCUGGGGACAAGCUGGGUUUGGGGGGGAAUUCCUUCAUGUACUCGAGUCCCGGACUAGUUCUGGGCACACAGGGCAUGGGCCCCUCAUGGGGUCUAGGCCAGGACGCUGGAGGGCCCGGCCAGUGAGUCCUUCCCGCCGUGGGCUUGUGCACGCUGACCCAGCCCCCUGCCUCCCCCAGCCCUUCUCUCCUUUCCUCAUCCUAAGUGCCUGGCAGAUGAAGGAGUUUUCAGGAGCUUUUGACACUAUAUAACCCGCCCUUUUUGUAUGCACCACGGGCGACUUUUGUAUGUAAUUGCAGCGUGGGGUGUGGGUGGGCAUGGGAGGCAGGGGUGGGCCCUGGAGGAGACGGGGAGGGUGGCCAGCUCUGCCUCCCACUUUUGUUGUUGUUGUUGUUUGUUUGUUUGUUUGUUUUUUUUUUUUUUACACUCGCUGCUCUCAAUAAA